CGUGGCAGGCUAAUAAGUCGAACUCUGACCCGGAAGUGUUCGAUCGGCACAAAACAACCGAUGUUGCAUUAGCCGGGUCGUUGGUGUUGUUAUUUUCUGACCACCUCCGGGAGUUUGAGGCAUAUUUUCAGAAGCUGAACUCGUUGGAAACCAUGUUGGAGUUGCAGCGUUUCUCUUUAAGGAGAUAAGCGGCUAAACGUCGAUGUUUAUGAAGGCGGAGAGCUGCCGAAGCUAGUUAGCUUAGCCUUUGCAGAGGCUGACGCGUCUUUGUGAAUGUUUCGAACCGAGCCGGUACCAGGGGGCAGUACCGCUUGAUUUUAGACGCCAACAGCGUUAGUUUGCGAAGUGCUCCAGGUCGGGGCAUGUCGGUGAAACCGGCGUCCUAAAAAUCCGUAUCAAAGACGGAGGUCGAGUUUGAUUGUUUAGCUAGCAUUAGAUUAGCCGAACAGUCAUGGACGAUUUCAGCUCCAUCAGUCUGCUGUCUCUGGCCAUGUUGGUGGGAUGUUAUGUGGCCGGGACGAUACCGCUAGCCGUCAACUUCUCCGAGGAGAAGCUGAAGCUGAUCACGGUGCUGGGGGCGGGGCUUCUCUGUGGGACGGCGCUCGCCGUCAUCAUUCCUGAAGGAGUCCACGCGCUUUAUGAAGAAAUCCUUGAAGGCGCUCACCACAGCCACGGGCAGGCCGGGGUGGUGGACGCGUCCGAGGCGAAGGUGGAGGCGGAGGCAGCUCUGAGCGGCGGCGGGAAGCACGAGCACAGCCACGAGCAGCUGCACGCCUGCAUCGGCGUCUCUCUGGUCCUCGGCUUCGUCUUCAUGCUGCUGGUGGACCAGAUAGGCUCCUCCCACGUCCACAACGCGGAAGAUCCGGAGUCGGCGAGAGUGGCCAACUCAAAAAUCACCACCACUCUGGGACUGGUGGUCCACGCUGCAGCUGACGGCGUGGCGCUUGGGGCCGCCGCCUCCACGUCCCAGACCAGCGUUCAGCUCAUCGUCUUUGUGGCCAUCAUGCUGCACAAGGCUCCAGCCGCCUUCGGUCUGGUCUCCUUCCUGAUGCACGCCGGCCUGGAGAGGAACCGCAUCCGCAAACACCUGCUGGUGUUCGCGCUGGCCGCGCCCGUCCUCGCCAUGCUGACGUUUUUGGGCCUCAGCCAGAGCAGUAAAGAGGCUCUGUCCGACAUCAACGCCACCGGCGUCGCCAUGCUCUUCUCCGCCGGGACCUUCCUCUAUGUGGCCACGGUCCACGUCCUGCCGGAGGUGGGGGGCCUCGGCCACAGCCACGCCCCCGCCGGGGGGAACGGCGGAAAGGGACUGAGCAAGGUGGAGGUGGGGGCUCUGGUUCUGGGCUGCCUGAUCCCCCUGGUUCUGUCUGUGGGCCACCACCACUAGACCGACCCGAACGCCUCCGGAGGUGGAGCUACGGCCGGGGGUGGAGCUACGGCCGGGGGUGGAGCUACAGCCAGGGCGCCUUCAGGACUUUGAUGAAGGAGGGCCUGUGGGGGGGUCAGAGCUGCUGGGGUGUAUUUUAGUGGGGGGGCGUGAUCAGUGAUUUUUAAAUCCUGUACAGAAUCUGUUUAAGUGCCAUACGAGCAAAAAUAGUUCAGAAUGUAGCAGACGCCCCCCUCCCACGAUGGGAGGGGGCACCUCGUCUGCUCCCGAACCAGUCUGAACCGGUCUGAACUGGUCUGAAACGGUCUAAACCCACCCCGCUGUCCCACAGCCGCUAAGGAAACUGUAACGGAGACGGGCGGGAAACGUGUAGAUAGUUUUUCUAAGUGAUUGUAUCUGCAGGUCUUAAGGGGCGGGGUCGUCUGAGAGUGUGGGAGGGGCUUAAAACCUUUAGGGACCAUCAGCUCAGGAGCUUACUUGAGUCUCAUUCUGGGUUCUGACCCGCAUGAGGUCAGAAAGAGCAAUAACGGAGCAGCAGAAGGUCCGGUUCCUCCAGGCGGGGGCGCUGGGGUCUCUUUGUCUUUAAAUCCCGUUUCCUGGACGGAAUUCAGCGACUGUUUUUACUGUGAAGCUCCGAGGACGAAGAACGGGAACUUCUGUCUGGAUUCUGUGGAGAAGACUUCAAAAGUGCUCUCUCUCUCUCUUGGUUUCAUCAAAUCUGCUCAGAUUCAUUCAGCUUAAAUAACCAACCUGAAAUGUGACGUUUGCACUUUGGCGAGGCCGCAGAGCCCCGCCUCCUCUCCGUUCUCUCUACCUGACGCAGGUUUGCUGCUUUUUCACACCUCGGAGUCGAACUUGAAAGAAGGAGAAAUGUUUUUUUUCACUGGAAAGCCUCCUAAAGCUUCUGCUUUUGACCGUUUCAGCCUCAAACCCAAACGGAGCCGGUUUCAUUUUAACGCGUUAAGUUGAGUCAUUCUGAUCCUGUUCGCCAUCGUGAGGCUGAAAUAAGUGAAAUCAGCUGCUCAGAUAUGAACUUCCUGUCAGAAACUGAAUCAGAAGACUAAAAAAAAAAUGGCGUAAACUCUCGUCUGUCUUUUACAUUUGACAAGUGAAAAGAAUAAAUUCAUCCCAGCGGAGCUUUAUUGUGAGCAUCGUGUGUUUCAACCAAAACCUGGUUUUUAUUUUUUUCAGCUUCUUUCCAUGUUUUCAGAAUUAAAUCUUAAACAGUCUUUCUUUGAACAUCUUAAAUUUUCCUGUUUUGUGUUGUUUUUGACUCUAAAUGUUCAAAUCACGUCAGUUGUUUCAUCAUUUUAUGGUUUUCUUUUCUCCUCACUUUGCCUUAUUUUCACUGUUUUAAGGAAGAUGUACAGAAUUGUUUCCUGACUAAAUUAAAAAAACGUUGAAAUCCG